AUGAAAAACUUUACUGUUUUUGAAAAAUUGGGAGAAGGUACUUUUAAUUCGAUAAAUGUCAAUUAAUUUAGGGUCAUUCUCAACAGUGUUAAGAGUAAAACGGUAAUCUGAUCAAUAAGAAUAUGCGAUGAAAAAAGUGAGGAUGGGAUAAUUAAAGGAGAAAGAGAAAGAGAAUUCACUUAAUGAGAUUCGUAUUCUUGCUAGCAUUUCGCAUCCUAAUAUAAUUGCUUAUAAGGAAGCAUUCUAUGAUGAGCAAUCUUAAAGUUUAUGCAUAGUAAUGGAAUAUGCUGAUUAAGGUGAUUUGUAAUAGUUGAUCCAGUAACAUAUUCACUAAAAAUAAUAUAUCUAGGAAAUUGAAAUAUGGAAAAUGAUUUAUUAAAUGGCUAUUGGUAUAUAUUAUUUGAUUUAUUUGAUAGCUUUGAGAACGUUACAUCAAAUGAAAAUUUUACAUAGAGAUUUAAAAUCAGCUAAUGUAUUUCUACAUUAAGGAAAUUAUAAAUUAGGAGAUAUGAAUGUAUCAAAAGUAGCUAAAAAGGAUUUGGUUUAUACUUAAACAGGAACACCUUAUUAUGCAAGUCCUGAAGUAUGGAGAGAUUAACCUUAUGAUGCUAAAAGUGAUAUUUGGAGUUUGGGUUGUGUUGCAUAUGAAAUGGCUGCUCUUAAACCACCAUUUAGAGCUUAAAAUAUGGAAGGAUUAUAUAAAAAAGUAUAAAGAGGAUUAUAUGAACGUAUACCACCUAAAUUUAGUGGUGAAUUAAUGGCUGUAAUAGGAUUGUGUUUAUAGGUACAAAGUAAAUAAAGACCUACAUGUUCUUAAUUACUUAAUAAUCCUAUUUUAUUAAGAAAUGCUAGAUAAUUUAUUAUAGAAAGUAGAGUUUCAUAAUAGACAUAAUCAUCUUAAGCUGGUUCAAAUAUACUAUUAUAAACUAUAAAAUUACCAAAGAAUUUAAAACAUUUAAAAGAGAAAUUACCAAAAUCAAAAUACUUUAUUGAAAGUGUUAAUAAAUCUUACGAUGAAACAUAAGCAAAUAAUUCAUUUCUACCAAAGAUUAAUAACACUAAAGAAAUCAGACCUAAUUUUUCAGUUCCACCUAUCAAGAGUGAUAGAAAUCAAUAAUAAUUACUAUAACAGAAUUCCUUACAUGAAGAACGAUCUAAAUCAAUUGUUAAUUCAGUUUAAUUAUUAGAAAUAGAGAGAGUUAGAUAAAAAAGAUUAUUGGAAAAACAGUAAAAUUUAAAGAUUAGUAUAAUUCAUUAAAAUGCUAUUCCAUAUAUUAAUAGUUCAUCUUCUUAAAUAUAAAACUUAUAUGUUAAUAAGUAACAUAAUACAAGAGAUACUUCAAAAUAAUAUAUAGAAGCACCAAAACCAAUAUGGUGGGGAUGA